AUGAAAGAAGAAGGCAGGGAGAGAAGUGAAAGGAGAAUGAAGGAAGAAGGAAGUGAAAGGAGUGAAAGUAGAGGGAAGGAAAAAGGAAGGGAGAAAUGUGAAUGGAGAGGGACGGAAGAAGGAUGGGAGAGAAGUGAAAGGAGAGAGAAAGAAGAAGGAAGAGAGAGAAGUAAAAGGAGAGGGAAGGAAGAAAGAAGGAAGAGAAGUGAAAGGAGAGGGAAAGAAGAAGGAAGAGGGAGAAGUGAAAGGAGAGGGAACGAAGAAGGAUGGGAGAGAAGUGAAAGGAGAGGGACAGAAGAAGGAAGGGAGAGAUGUGAAAGGAGAAUGAAGGAAGAAGGAGGGGAGAGAAGUGAAAGGAGAAUGAUGGAAGAAGGAAGUGAGAGAAGUUAA